AUGGAACCAAAGAGGCAACGCACAGCUUACACUCGCCAUCAAAUACUAGAACUCGAAAAAGAAUUCCACUACAACCGAUACCUGACAAGACGGCGACGUAUAGAAAUAGCGCACACAUUGGUCCUCUCCGAGAGACAAAUUAAAAUCUGGUUUCAGAACCGCAGGAUGAAGUGGAAGAAAGAUAACAAAUUGCCUAACACGAAAAACGUUCGAAGGAAAACGAAUCCCGCCGGGGUCACCACCACGACGAAAACAGGGGGCAAAGUUCGAGGGAAAACACAGAAUGGCACUCCAGGAAAUAACAAUGAUAAACGGAAAAACAACAACAGGGAGAUGGAUGGACUGGGUGAGAAUAUGCUGGAUAUGUCACUCACUGCUCAUCAGAUUCCUUCCUCUCAUUCCUUGGCUCAUCCUGGUAAUUUGCACCACAGUGCAAUGAUACAUAGUGAUGCUAGUUUACAUAUGGGAUCACUAGGAACCUCAUUGCUGACACCUCCUUCGCCGGGUUGUGGGCAAGUUCCUGGAACACCACAGCCUGUGAUCAAGUCAGAUUAUGGACUCACAGCUCUUUAAAAGUGAGUUUAGCUCAAUGUGUAAAGGAAU